AUGGGUCCCUUUUGGAUCGUCUAUGGUAUGACAUGCCACUUCCCAGUUGAGAUAGAGCACAAAGCAUAUUGGGCAGUUAAGCAGUACAACAUGGACUUUACACAAGCGGGUAUUGCCAGAAAUAUACAAAUAGAAGAACUAGAAUGCCUUAGAAUCAAAGCAUAUAAAAGUGCAAGGAUCUAUAAGGAAAGGACUAAGGCAUUCCAUAAUUACUGUAUCCACAAGAAGGACUUUCAAGAAGGUGAUGAGGUUCUCUUCUACAAUUCAAGACUCUAUCUCAUGCCGGGCAAGCUUUGUUCAAGAUGGAAUGGUCCUUAUAAGGUUAAGGAAGUGAAGCCCUAUGGCGUAAUGAAGCUCUUUCAUCCUCAAAGUGGAACCACUUUUAAAGUGAAUGGUCAUCAGGUGAAGCGUUAUCAUGGCUAUAAAUCACAGAAGGAGUUGGAGGUGUAUCUUCUCAUGGAUGCACCUGUCUAA